UCAAGUUUUUAGUGGUUCUGCUACGUAAAUCUACAUCUACAUUGAAAAUUAAAUAAAGUAGCACGAUUAGUUUUUUCUUUAACUAGAAAAGGAAAAUAUGCUCAACAUAAAUUUGACGUUAACUAAAAAUUGUUUAAUGUACCAAUUAAACUAUAAAAAUGUUGAUUGUUAAAGAUAACGCUUAAAAUAUGCAAAGAUGAUUAAAGUUAGUGAUAAGGUUUUAGAAAUACACAGUGCUAUCAAUUUUAUAAUUUGACGGCAGAUUAAAAAUAGGCGUAGACUCUGGUGGGCAAAUGUGUUGAAUAUCUUCAGAGGCGGCGUAUCCUAUUCCUAAAGGGCGACUACCUACCUAUAAUUUAGAAUCUCAAAAAUGACAUGACGCACAAAAAACUCAAUUAAAUUAUGAGUUCCGCAUGUACCAGUAAAAACAAAAGAUCAUGGGUAAUAAAAACAGUUGCUGUUCGUACUCGAGUCCCCAACCGAGCCAUCGUGUGAUAAUCCCAUUUGAAGAAACACUACCCGAAGGUGAAGUGAGCAUUAAUAAUUUACAACAUAUCAGCGAGCGGGAAGCGGACGAUGGCGAAGCCGAUCCUUCACAAGAUCCUAUGGCAAAAACGAUUUUUAUAGAAAAAUCGAAAGCUUUAGAAAACGGCUUAAUACGCAGAAAGAGUCAACACCAAAUAGCCGACCUACGGCCACUUAAGAAAAGUAGUUCCUGUUCCACAAUUUAUUUAGACGAUAGUACCGUCUCUCAGCCUAAUUUAAAAAAUACUGUAAAGUGUGUCGCCUUAGCAAUUUAUUAUCAUAUAAAAAACCGGGAUUCCCAACGCGAAUUGGAUAUAUUCGAUGAAAAGCUGCAUCCUCUAACCCGAGAAGGUGUGAGUGAUGAUUAUGAUAAACACAAUCCGGAACAUCGCCAGAUUUAUAAAUUUGUAAGAACGUUGUUUAAUGCUGCACAAUUAACGGCGGAGUGUGCCAUUAUUACUUUAGUAUACUUAGAAAGAUUAAUUACUUACGCAGAACUCGAUAUAGCACCAUCAAAUUGGAAGCGAAUCGUUUUAGGUGCUAUUUUGCUCGCUUCCAAAGUGUGGGAUGACCAAGCCGUAUGGAAUGUUGAUUAUUGCCAAAUUUUAAAAGAGAUCACCGUAGAAGAUAUGAACGAGCUGGAAAGACAAUUUUUGGAACUAUUGCAAUUUAACAUAAACGUACCUUCCAGCGUGUAUGCAAAGUAUUAUUUUGAUUUGAGAAGUCUCGCGGAAGCUAACGACUUGGCCUUCCCCAGUGAACCGUUAAGCAAAUCGAGAGCGCAGAAAUUGGAAGCCAUGUCUCUUGUGAUGGAGGAUAAAAUAACGGCGGAAGCGCUGAAGAACGGUUUUAAGAAAUGGUCCAGUUUAGACAAUAUCAAUCAUUUUGGAGGUUGUCCUCGACGGAGUGUCGCUAUUUUGUCGUGAUUGAACUUGGUAUUGAAAUUAUAUAUCGUGUUUAUUUUUUUAUAGAUCUACCAAAGUAUUUCUAGUGUAUUUAAUUUUGUCUGAAAAUGCCUCCAAUUACUUUUAUUGUAGAAAUGGUUUUAUAAAUAGUUCGAGAGUAUCGACCAUUAAUUUUGUUAGUAUAUCACGUUUAUCUAUACUGCUGGCCAUGUUAUUUUCUACAUUUAUAUUAGACAAAUUGAAAUUUAUAAGCUUCUUUUUCCAAUUUGUGGAUAUUUUGAUAACCAUACAGUACCUCCUACGUGCUUUUAUAUUCUAGUUUGUUUCAUAAAAUUUCUAAUGGCAUGUGAAGUAUAAUUAUAGGACAAUCUGGUUAGUCUAUUUUAAACUUUUAUACUGUACAUUGCUUGCAAUAGAAGAAACUAAUAAA